AUGGCACAUUUAGUAUCUAAGAUUGAAGCACUUUUAUUAGAAGAGCCGUUAGACAGUCUUUGUGGUGCAUUGGCUGUUUACCUGGUAAUAGAAAACAACAUUUUACCCUCUUUCGACUAUGUAAGAGGGGUGAUAGACCGUGCGGUAAAUUCGUCUCUGUUGAAAAUAGAAACUAUUGAGCGAAAAACAAAAGUAUUGGAGAUGUUAUCCCAGGUUGGUAAAAAUUCAGAUUCUGUAGUAUCAAUAUUUAAUGAUGAGUCUAUGGCAUUCAAGGCAUUGAACGUAGGAAAGGAAUCAUACCCAGAUCGUUCUCGAGAAGAAAUAUAUGAGAAUAUUAAUAAAUUAAAAUAUAAACUCGAGGCAAGAUUGUAUAUCCAGCACACUGCAUCGGAAGCAGAUGCGAGUCUUUAUGGAGCGCUUAGACAAACUCUCGAGAAUGUAGACCUGUCGAAUCUUACAUGGCGUGAUCUCGAAGCAAGCAUGGUUAUUAGCGACGACUCAUUCAUGGUAAAAAAUCUAGGACGUAGACAGAAGUCUACUUUUUUGGAACCACAAGAAAACAUGAAAUGCACUAUACCAGAAUCGGUUACGACAAAGUGUAAUGAAUUUAUAAGUAAUAUUAACAAUUCGAAUACUUUGUGGGUUAUAAGGAACAUUUCCCAUGAUAAAAGGUGGAAAGAGGAUGAAAGUUCAAUAAUAAAAAUAACUGAACGAAUUCUUGGAACACUGUUAAGUAAUUUCCUGAUAUGGAAUAAUCCCGCAUUUGUGACUAGUACAUCUCGCAGUGAGCAAAGUGAAGAUGAUACCGGAGAAACCAAACAGGUAAAUAUAUUCGUCCCAAAAGAACAAUCUUCGGUUAAUAUCGAUACUUCCUGUGGAACGAAUUCUGAGAGUAACCCUAAACAAGACUCAGGACAUGAUAAUACUUUCACACCUGAUAUAUCUAUUAAUGAUUCAAAUUCUGAUGAACAUCAAGAAGAAACUUUGUCUCAAUCACUUACUGAAAAUUCUCCAAAAGAGGACACUUACAUGUCUAAUAACAGAGUUAGUGCUAAAGCACAUAUUAAAUCUAGUAUAUCUCUCGAGCAGAAAAAAGAACAAGGUUUAAUACAGGAGAUAUCAACAUCUAUUAAAGAUCAGAGCCAAGCCACCAAAAUUUCAGCGAACAAUUCGCCAAAAAUGUUUGCCAAAAAUCAUGUGACCAAAAAUUUAAUUCAGGAAAGUAGUGGAAAAGAUGAUGUUAUUUUGUUUUCUGCAUCAAAAAGUAAAGUACUACUAAAUUUAACACAUUUGUAUAAGAAAGCUUGUGAUGCAGAAAAGCAAGCAAUUAAAGUUAAUCAAGAUGAAAUUACAUGUUGGUAUUAUUAUAUUAUAGAAUUUGAUAACCAGGUUAAAAAUCUUAUGAAAUCUGAUCAUAUUGGCGAGAAAAAGGCGAAAGGACAAAUUUAUGAUUUUAUUAUUGCACAACUAAAUACCAAGCGUAAAAUGUUACAAAAGCAAAACCAAAAGGCUAGAAAGAUUUAUAAUUUAUUCGAAAAAAUAAAGAUAGAUAAGAUUCAGCAUAUCAAAACCUUUAGUACAGAUGCUAUUUCAAGAUUUACUAAUUCUCAGAUUCAAACGAUUAUUGAUCAUUUCGCUAAAAAGCCUGACAUAGAAUAUACCGAUGACCAGGACGAUUCAGAUGACUUACCCAAAACAGAGGUAAGUAUACAUACUGAAAAGACAAAGUCUCGAGUCUCCGACUCAUCGAUUCCUUUAGACCCAGAGGGUCAUUGCUCUGCAAUAGAUUUCCAAGAAAAUAAUCAAGUUGAGACAAAGGCUCGAAACUCUGUUUUCUCAAAAUUACCAGAUACUGAAGUAAGUAUAUCACAGGUAAAUACAUCUAACCACCUUGUGUCUACCUCUGACAAUAAUUCUCGGCCUCCAAUCUCUAUUUUACCCAAUGAUCCAGAAGAGAAGCAAAAAUCUGUCAUUAAUAAAGUGCUAGAGUAG